AGGCGGCCUACUGCUAUACUGAACUCUACUGACUUGCGAUAUCGUAAUCGUAUAUAACAUCGUUAUUGAUUAUUAUUAUUUUUUUUUUCAUCAUUGUCAAUGAGGAAAAAUACAUAAGUGAUACGGCAAAAGCAAUGAUAUAACAUGGAUAAAGAUAAAGAAUCAGUACCUGCAGUUUCUGAGGAUGACCUCAGUGAAUUACUUGAUAGUUGUUUGGAUGACUUCAAUAAACCCUUACCUAAACCUGUUCUACCAGAAUCCACAACUAAGAAAGAUAAUGUACCUAAGGCAAAAACACCUUCAGUAGAAGGUGCUAAGCCCCCAGAUUGUGCAGCUUGGAGUGAAGAAUUUAAAGAAUUUAGUGAUGUUAUGGAGAAUAUAAUGUCAAAUGAUUCAGAACUGAAUGAGAUUAAAAAGAUGAUGGAGAGUUGUCUUUCCCAACAAGGUCCUCCGAUAGAUGAUGCUAAUUUUGCUGAAUCAUUUGCUGAGAGCAUUCGAGAAAUGACACAACAAGCACAAAAUAUUCCAGAAAAUCCAUCUGAUGAUAUUGCAAAUUUAUUAAGUAAUUUGGGUUUGGGUGAUGGUAAUAAUCCUGAUUUAGAGAAUAUGCCAGAUAUAUUGCCACUGAUGCAAAAUAUCAUGCAAAGGUUGAUGUCCAAAGAUCUCCUCUAUCCAUCCAUUAAGGAAAUUGUUGAAAAAUACCCAGGAUGGCUAGAUGAGAAGAAAUCAUCUCUUGAGAAAGAAGAGCAUGAAAAAUACCAGAAACAGUAUGAAUUUAUGAAGCAGAUUUGUGACGAAUUUGAAAAAGAAAUAUCUAAUACAGAAGAAGCAAAAAAAGAACAAUUCGAAAAAGUAUUGAUACUGAUGCAGAAAGUACAAAAUUAUGGUAAUCCACCCAAAGAGCUUAUAUCUAAUAUUAGCCCAGGACUUCCUUUAGAUGAUCAAGGCAAUUUCCAAAUACCUGGUAUGUCUGAGCAGUGUAGGAUUAUGUAAAAGAAAUGCAGUAUACAUAUAAUUGUACACCACAUUAAAAUUUUACUGUGUGUUCUUUUAAAAUCAGUUCUCUAAAUGUAAAUCGAUUCUAAUAAAUGUUUAUUAUUAAA